AGAAAACAAAUGGAUAAAAUUUUUCAGAUAGUGUAGACUGUAGAGUGAGCUUCUUCACCUCAGAGCUUCUUCGAUGGCGAUGGUUUCUUCUCUCUCUGCGGCACUACUUCCUCCUCUUUCUCUCUCUACCUCUUCCUCCUCGCUCUCUUCCAACCCAAAGUUUGCGUCUUUGUGCUUUCAAUCUGGUAACACCUUCAAGCUCAGAACCCCUAAGCUGCUUCACUCAUCAACUAGGGUUUUUGCUGCGCCUGAAGUUUUGGAUUCUGAGGAACCGCUAGACGUACCUCCAGAAAUCCUUGGCGAUGAUGAAUCUGAGGCGACCACCUUUCAGGUUGGAGAUUCAGACACUCGUACCACUUCCUCAAUUAGCAUUGGUGGUGAUCCAGAUACGAUGGCGCCUAAGCAGAAGAUUAGAAUCAAACUUAGGUCUUACUGGGUGCCCUUGAUAGAGGAUUCUUGCAAGCAGAUACUAGAUGCAGCAAGGAAUACCAAUGCAAAAACCAUGGGUCCUGUACCAUUGCCAACUAAGAAGAGAAUUUAUUGUGUUCUUAAAUCGCCACAUGUACAUAAGGAUGCUCGAUUCCAUUUUGAGAUCAGAACACAUCAGCGUCUCAUUGAUAUUUUGUAUCCUACAGCACAAACAAUAGAUUCUCUUAUGCAGCUUGAUCUUCCUGCUGGUGUGGAUGUAGAGGUCAAGCUCUGAGCUAUCGACAUUUUACGGCUCUUAAUCCAUAUUGCAACCGAGAUUGGAUUAUGUUACUGAGAAAACUAUAUGGGGGAUGACACUUCCAAAUUAUUGUUUGGACAAGCUUGUUGAGUAGUAACCCGAUUUUCCAAGUUGAAGGCAUAAACAUGCAUGCAGUUCUUACUGUUGAUUCUUCUCUUGAUAGAGCUCUUUGUUGAAUUUUUAUUCUCUGUAUGUAAUGUGAUUAAUCCACAUACAAAUCAAGUGUAAUUUAUAAUGAAGGAAUCCUAGAAUAUUUUACUUUUUCAAGUCACUGAAGCCUGUAAUACCUAUAUCUAUUUAUAUCGUUAUUUAUUUCAACCCUA